UUAAAUGUGAAUUUGCCUGUUGUUUAGUCGUGACGUAUAUGUAUGCUUUCACGCAUAAAGUCAAUGAGUUACAGUAUAUGUUAAAUAUUUAUACAAUAGUGCAUAAAAACGAUUGUACACAUGUACAAGGAUAAAAUUUUAGUAAAAAAGGAAACUUAAAGAAACGUCAAAACAAUAAAAAAGAAAAAAAGAACAGAAAUUGAAAAUCUCGGUGUGUAAGAAAUAUCUUUUUUUAAAAAUCUGUAAAAAAACUAUUUGUUAAAUAAAAUUGAAGUAUAGCAUGAGACAUUUUGCAACAUAAAAGUGUACAUCUAUUCUGAUAAAUUUUCAAUAUUCUUCAACUGUACUCCAAAAAAAUCGUACGCGAUCCUUUUAGGACGCGUUGUCGAUUAUUGUUAAAGUGGAAGCUUUAGAAAAUGGCCGACAGUUGGACACAGAGCGUUGUUUGCCGUUAUUUUAAAAAUGGUAUGUGCCGUGAAGGAAAUAAUUGCAGAUACCGACAUACUCAAGGAAUUUGGAAUGAUGGAAAUAAUGAAACUAUAAUAUCUUCUUCUGCCCCAUCUAUGAAUACUGUUUGUCGUUUUUUUAAACUUGGUAUCUGUAAAUUUGGAAAUCAGUGCUAUUUUCGUCAUAGUACUGAAACUGUUGAUAACAAUUUGGUAAAUGCAAAUUCAAUAGAAAGUUCAUCACCUGGACAACACACUUCAAAUAUUUCAACUCCGACAACAAUAAAGAAUGUCAAAGACAAUACUUCUAUUGCUGAGGAAUGGGUAAAGGCACCAGAAUUUAUACCUUCACAUAUAGCUGGAUCAUCUUCCACAAAUGAAGCCUCUACAACUUCAGGAACAUCUAUAAAUUCUUCAAUUUCAAUAUCUUAUGCUCAAGCUGUAAAUCCAUCUGGUCAAGCAUCCAGUCCAGCUUUAGAACCUUUAUGUCCAUAUGCAGAAGCAACUGGAAUUUGCAAAAAACGUAAUUGUACAUAUUUACAUGGAGAUAUUUGUGAAUUAUGUAAUCGUGCUGCACUUCAUCCAUAUAAUGAGGAACUUAGAAAGAAACAUACAAAUGCAUGUGUCAAACAACAUGAAGUAGACAUGGAGCUUUCAUUUGCUAUUCAACGUAGCAGAGAAAAAUCUUGUGGCGUUUGUUUUGAAGUUAUAAUGGAAAAAGCAUCUGGAGAACAAAGAUUUGGUAUUUUACCUAAUUGUAAUCACUGUUUUUGUUUAAGUUGUAUUAGAAAAUGGAGACAAGCUAAACAAUUUGACAAUAAAAUUAUAAGAGCUUGUCCAGAAUGUCGUGCUACCUCUGAUUUCGUAUGUCCAAGUAUGUAUUGGGUAGAUACAAAAGAAGAGAAAGAAAAAUUAAUAAUGGAUUAUAAAUGUGCGUUAAGUACUAAAGAUUGUAAGUACUUCAAUAAAGGACGUGGUAAAUGUCCAUUUGGCAAUAAGUGCUUUUAUCUACAUGCACUUCCUGAUGGCACUAAAACAGACGUUGGUCCUCCUGUUCGUCAACGACGUAAUGCAGAUGCAGAUGAUAUUUUGCGACAAAUAAUUUUGUGGGACUUUUUUGAAGAAAGAGACACUCGUUGGAUAUAUGAUGUAGAUCUUGAAGAUAUUGUUUCUCUUUUUUCAGGUUCAGAAGAAUCUGAAUGGUCUGAAUUUGAAUUUUAGAUUGAGUAGUUGUAUUAAUUUAGUAAUCUGCUACUAUUGUUGUUAACUGUAUCAUCUAUCUCAUCCACCACUUUGUAUGUGGUUUCAAUGGCUGAAUAGACAAGUAGUUUAUAAAUUGUUUCAAUGGUUAUGAUUUAAAGACAUCUCAACUACAUUAAUGAAAAAUUUGUGUGCUUUUACUUGAUAAUAUUUACGUGAAAAAUAUGUAAAUAAUAUCAAGUUAAUAAUGAUAAUAACAACAAAAAAACAAUAACAAAGAGGUUACAGUCUUAUGUACAAUGGCAAGUUUUUAAAUGUUACAUAGUUAUUUUCUAAUCGAAUUUGUUUAUGUAUCUUGACCAAUAUUGUUACAACUAAUACUCAAUCAUAAAAAUAUGCAUCAAUCUAUUAUAUAUCAGUGGUCCAAAUUAAUUCGAUUAAUAGAAUAUAUCAAUAUAAUAAUCAUUUGCUAGUA